AGCUCUCUGUCCUGAGACACAACAGCAGGAUGUGCCUUGGAGAAGGGUCUCAGGGUGGAGAAUUUGGAACUGAAUCAAAAUCUACACACUCAGGGAGCUGCGGUUCACAAGGUUGAGGUGAGAAGUCUAUACAACACCAGAAUCUAACAACACCAAAGCUUUGAAAAUUCUUCAUCUGGAAUUUCAGAUUGGAGAGACUCGCAGUGGCUUCUAAGCCAGUGAUCGAAGCCGCCAAAGUAUGCUGGUGCCAAGCUGUCGGAGGAUGCAUGUAGCCAGGCCAAUAGUACUGCUCCUCUGCUUCCUGCUCUGUGCUGAUGCUGAAACACCACCAAAGUUUACAAGAACACCCGUUGACCAGAUAGGAGUCUCUGGGGGAGUCGCAUCAUUCAUCUGCCAAGCUACAGGAGACCCGAGACCUAAGAUUGUCUGGAACAAAAAGGGCAAGAAAGUCAGCAAUCAGAGAUUUGAGGUAGUAAUAGAGUUUGAUGAUGGAUCUGGAUCCGUUCUCAGAAUACAACCGCUACGGACUCCACGAGAUGAAGCUAUUUAUGAAUGUGUUGCUUCCAACAGUGUUGGAGAAAUAAGUGUGUCCACAAGACUCACUGUGUUACGUGAGGAUCAAAUUCCUCGUGGUUUCCCCACCAUUGAUAUGGGCCCACAACUAAAGGUGGUUGAACGCACUAGAACGGCCACCAUGUUAUGUGCAGCCAGUGGCAAUCCUGAUCCUGAAAUAACUUGGUUCAAAGAUUUCUUACCCGUGGACACGAGCAACAACAAUGGACGUAUCAAACAAUUACGAUCAGAAUCUAUUGGUGGUACACCAAUAAGAGGUGCCCUCCAAAUCGAAUUGAGCGAAGAAUCUGACCAAGGCAAAUAUGAGUGUGUUGCAACCAACAAUGCGGGGACACGGUAUUCUGCCCCUGCCAAUCUAUAUGUCAGAGAGCUGCGAGAAGUUCGCCGGGUCCCACCGAGGUUCUCCAUCCCACCCACCAACCAUGAAAUUAUGCCCGGAGGGAGUGUUAACAUCACCUGUGUCGCUGUGGGGUCUCCAAUGCCAUAUGUGAAGUGGAUGCUGGGAGCCGAAGAUCUUACCCCGGAAGAUGACAUGCCAAUAGGAAGGAAUGUCCUGGAGCUUAAUGACGUCAGGCAAUCUGCAAAUUACACUUGUGUUGCCAUGUCUACUCUUGGUGUUAUAGAAGCAAUAGCACAGAUUACUGUCAAAGCCUUACCUAAACCUCCAGGAACUCCUGUUGUAACAGAAAGCACAGCAACAAGCAUUACUUUGACUUGGGAUUCUGGAAACCCCGAGCCAGUGUCUUACUACAUAAUCCAGCAUAAACCUAAAAACUCUGAGGAACUCUAUAAGGAAAUUGAUGGAGUGGCCACAACUCGAUACAGCGUCGCUGGUUUAAGUCCUUAUUCCGAGUACGAGUUCAGAGUUGUUGCUGUCAACAACAUUGGGAGGGGGCCACCCAGUGAACCGGUAUCAACGCGGACCUCGGAGCAAGCACCAUCUAGUGCACCACGCAAUGUACAAGCCCGUAUGUUGAGCUCAACCACAAUACUGGUGCAGUGGGAAGAACCCGAGGAACCCAACGGACAAAUACAAGGCUACAGAGUUUAUUACACCAUGGACCCCUCCCAACAUGUCAACAGCUGGUUGAAACACAAUGUGGCCGACAGCCAUAUAACCACCAUUGGGAAUCUAAUACCGCAGAAAACGUACUCUGUGAAAGUUCUUGCUUUUACCUCAGUUGGUGAUGGGCCUCUUUCUAGUGACAUUCAAGUCAUCACUCAGACAGGAGUCCCAGGACAGCCAUUGAACUUCAAAGCUGAACCUGAAUCUGAAACAAGCAUACUCCUUUCUUGGACCCCUCCACGGUCUGACACAAUCUCCAACUAUGAUCUUGUUUACAAAGACGGAGAGCAUGGAGAAGAGCAACGGAUUUCCAUCGAUCCGGCUACAACUUACCACUUGCAAGGCCUAAAACCAAAUAAUUUGUAUUACUUCCGCCUGUCUGCACGCUCUCCACAAGGCCUCGGUGCUUCAACGGCAGAAAUAUCAGCUAGAACAAUGCAGUCAAAGCCAUCAGCUCCUCCUCAAGACAUUAGUUGCAACAGCCCCAGCUCCACUAGUAUUUUGGUAAGUUGGCAGCCUCCGCCAGUGGAAAAACAGAACGGAAUUAUCACUUCCUACUCCAUCAAGUACACUGGAAUUGAUGGAGAAGAUGACAAGCCCCACGAAAUUUUGGGAAUUGCUCCGGACACGUCACAGUACCUUUUGGAACAGUUGGAAAAAUGGACUGAAUAUCGGAUUUCUGUGACAGCCCACACUGAUGUUGGACCUGGCCCAGAGAGUGAAUCUGUGUUGAUCCGAACAGAUGAAGAUGUUCCUAGUGGUCCUCCUCGCAAAGUCGAGGUAGAGGCUGUCAACUCUACAGCUGUUAAAGUGUUGUGGCGUUCACCAGUGCCCAAUAAGCAGCAUGGUCAAAUCCGAGGGUACCAGGUGCAUUAUGUGAAAAUGGAGAAUGGAGAGCCCAGGGGGCAACCCAUGCUGAAGGAUAUCAUGUUGGCUGAUGCACAGUGGGAAUAUGAUGAUACUACUGAACAUGAAAUGAUAAUAGCAGGAUUGCAGCCCGAGACAACCUAUUCUCUCACUGUGACGGCCUAUACGACCAAAGGAGAUGGAGCACGAAGCAAACCCAGACUGGUGUCCACUACUGGUGCAGUUCCAGGAAAACCUCGGCUUGUAAUUAGCCACACACAAAUGAGUACAGCUCUAAUUCAGUGGCACCCGCCUGUCGACACAUACGGCCCUCUGCAGGGCUACCGCCUGAGGUUUGGCCGCAAAGACAUAGAUGCCUUUACGACGCGGGAUUUCACCGACAAGGAUGACCACUACACUGCUACAGAUAUUCACAAGGGGACUUCGUAUGUCUUCAGGCUUUCAGCUAGAAAUAAAGUGGGCUUUGGGGAGGAGAUGGUAAAGGAAAUUUCGAUUCCAGAAGAUCUGCCAAGCGGAUUCCCUCAAAACCUGCGCUCGGAAAGUGCCACUUCAACUUCAGUCCAGCUAUCUUGGCAACCGCCCAUCCUAUCAGAAAGAAAUGGUAUUAUCACCAAAUACACUCUGCAGUACAGGGAUAUCAAUGUGGCACAUCACCAAACGGAGAUGUCUGUUGUUCCUGCCGAUAUUACUAUGACGCUUUCAGGCUUAAAACCAGAUACCACAUAUGAUGUAAAAAUACGUGCACACACAAGCAAAGGGCCUGGUCCAUAUAGUCCCAGUGUCCAGUUCAGGACACUACCUGUGGAUCAAGCAGUGUUUGCAAAAAAUUUUCAUGUCAAAGCAGUGAUGAAGACAUCAGUAUUGCUCUCUUGGGAGAUACCAGAGAAUUACAACUCUGCUCUGCCUUUCAAAAUCCUGUAUGAUGAUGGGAAAAUGGCAGUUGAGGUAGAUGGCCGAGCCACUCAGAAACUUAUCACCAACCUGAAGCCUGAGACAUCAUAUUCAUUUGUACUGACCAAUAGAGGCAAUAGCGCUGGAGGUCUUCAGCACAGGGUAACAGCAAAAACAGCACCAGAUGUACUGCGAACCCAACCACUCUUCAUUGAUAAGACCAAUGUCGAUGGAAUGGUAACAGUGAAGCUACCAGAUGUUCCUGCAAACAAAACGAUAAAAGGUUACUAUAUAGUAAUUGUGCCUUUGAUAAAGAAGUCUGAUGGGAAAUUCAUGAAACCACGAGAGAGCCCAGACGAAAUGGAAUUAGACGAGCUACUUAAAGAGAUAGCGCGGAAACGCCGAAGUAUUCGUUUGGGGAGAGAAGCAGAUUUAAAGCCAUAUAUUGCUGCACACUUUGAAGUUCUUCCUACUGAGUUCACCCUGGGGGAUAAGAAACAGUAUGGUGGUUUUGAAAACAAGCAGCUCCAAAACGGCCAAGAAUAUGUCGUCUUUAUUUUAGCUGUUAUGGAACACUCGGAAUCCACCAUGUAUGCAACCAGCCCAUAUUCUGAAACGGUAGUAUCAGUGGAUCUUAACCCUCAGCCAAUUACAGAUGAAGAAGAAGGCUUGAUUUGGGUUGUCGGACCAGUUCUUGCAGUUGUGUUUAUCAUCUGUAUUGUUAUAGCUAUACUCCUUUACAAAAGCAGUAAACCUGACAGGAAAAGGGCAGAGACGGACUCUAGAAAGAGCAGCAUACCCAACAACAAGGAGAUUCCUUCCCACCACCCCACAGAUCCAGUAGAGCUACGGCGCCUUAAUUUUCAGACUCCAGCUUUGAGCAGUAAUUCAGUCCCCUACGCUUCCCUGAUUGGCUCUGUGUCCUCCCUCUCUAGCCAAACUACCACUCAGUCCUUAUAUGAUAAUAACUCUCUCCCACGAUUCGCUCGAAAAGGUAUGGCUAGCCAUCCACCAAUACCUAUUUCUGAACUUGCGGAUCACAUCGAAAGGCUGAAGGCUAAUGACAACUUGAAGUUUUCCCAAGAAUAUGAGUCAAUUGACCCAGGGCAGCAAUUCACAUGGGAACACUCUAACCUGGAAGUAAAUAAACCAAAGAAUAGAUACGCGAAUGUCAUCGCUUACGACCAUUCUCGAGUUCUCCAAUCAGCAAUAGAAGGCAUCCCAGGGAGUGAUUAUAUAAAUGCUAACUACAUAGAUGGCUACAGAAAACAGAAUGCCUAUAUAGCAACUCAAGGAGCUCUUCCUGAAACUUUUGGAGAUUUCUGGAGAAUGAUCUGGGAACAAAGGGGCGCAACGGUUGUCAUGAUGACCAAACUGGAAGAGAGGUCCAGGGUGAAAUGUGAUCAGUAUUGGCCGAGCAGAGGAACCGAAACAUAUGGACUGAUCCAGGUGACCUUGUUGGACACUGUAGAAUUGGCAACAUACUGUGUUAGAACAUUUGCACUUUACAAGAAUGGAUCAAGUGAGAAGAGAGAAGUGAGGCAGUUUCAGUUCACUGCCUGGCCUGACCAUGGAGUUCCAGAACACCCGACGCCAUUCCUAGCUUUCUUACGACGAGUCAAAACCUGUAAUCCUCCCGAUGCCGGGCCAAUGCUUGUUCACUGCAGUGCCGGAGUUGGCAGGACCGGCUGUUUCAUUGUAAUAGAUGCCAUGCUAGAGAGAAUAAAGCAUGAAAAGACUGUAGAUAUUUAUGGCCAUGUAACACUAAUGAGAGCCCAGAGGAAUUACAUGGUUCAAACAGAGGACCAAUACAUCUUUAUCCACGAUGCACUGCUUGAAGCAGUGACAUGUGGAAAUACCGAAGUGCCAGCCAGAAACCUGUAUGCAUAUAUCCAGAAGCUGACACAGAUAGAAGCAGGAGAGAAUGUCACAGGGAUGGAACUGGAAUUUAAGCGGCUAGCCAGCUCUAAAGCUCACACUUCAAGAUUCAUCAGUGCCAAUCUUCCAUGUAAUAAAUUUAAAAAUCGCCUUGUUAAUAUUAUGCCAUAUGAAUCCACAAGGAUAUGUUUGCAGCCUAUUCGAGGGGUAGAAGGGUCUGAUUAUAUCAAUGCCAGCUUUAUCGAUGGAUACAGGCAACAAAAAGCCUAUAUCGCUACACAGGGACCUUUGGCAGAAACAACAGAAGAUUUCUGGAGAAUGCUUUGGGAGCACAAUUCAACCAUCGUAGUCAUGCUUACUAAACUACGAGAAAUGGGCAGAGAAAAAUGCCACCAGUAUUGGCCAGCAGAGCGCUCAGCCAGGUAUCAGUACUUUGUGGUGGAUCCCAUGGCAGAGUACAACAUGCCGCAGUACAUCCUAAGGGAGUUCAAGGUCACAGAUGCCAGGGACGGCCAGUCUCGGACGGUGAGGCAGUUCCAGUUCACCGAUUGGCCUGAGCAAGGAGUGCCAAAGUCAGGAGAAGGGUUUAUUGAUUUCAUAGGCCAAGUUCAUAAAACAAAAGAGCAGUUUGGGCAAGAUGGGCCAAUCUCGGUUCACUGUAGUGCCGGUGUUGGAAGGACCGGAGUGUUCAUAACCCUGAGCAUUGUGUUGGAAAGAAUGAGAUACGAAGGUGUUGUAGAUAUCUUCCAGACUGUCAAAAUGUUAAGGACACAACGGCCAGCCAUGGUACAGACAGAGGAUCAAUAUCAGUUCUGCUACCGCGCCGCACUAGAAUACCUGGGCAGCUUUGAUCACUAUGCAACGUAAAACAGAAUCCCUGACCAUCCUGGAUUUUUAACUGCAGGCCCUUUAAGAUCCAGAGAGCCUCUUCUGAGCCAUACAGUGUGCUUGAGAAGUACUUCUGAACUCCUAACUAAAGACCAAUUAGUGGGAAAAUAUUAAAAGGAAAACAAACAAACAAACAAACAAAAACUGUUCCGGGUGGACCAACAAAUUCACAGUUCAAUAAACCUUACCAGAAACAUGAUAAAAGAAUCCAGACUGGUUGAGGCAUCUGAAGGAUUUCAUUUUACAGAUACCUCAAGGAUUCAGCUUUGGUUGAAGUCAAAGGGGAGAGCAAAUUCUGCAAAGAACCAUCAUCUUGUUCAGGAUUGCAUGACAGUUAACAACGUGGAAUUUGGGAGUCCUGCAAUUCAGUGCGAGAUGUUUGUCGAAGGGCCAGUAGCUGGCUGCUCUGGAAAAAAAAGACGAACUCUUUGCUUCAGCAUCUCCCCUUCCUACCAUAUUGCUCAUAAAUAACACUUUGGGGGGGGUGGGAGGGGAAAGGGCGAAUGUUUAAAAAGAAAGUCCUUGAUUUAGUUUUUUAGUAUUGUAAAGAUACUGCUGACCUGUGCUUCAUUUUUAACUGUGUAAACUUUUUUCCUUUUUUUUUAAACAAAAGUUUAUCAUUCAAUGAAGUGAAUUUGGAGAGAAAAAAAGUUGCAUAACUGUUCAUUUUGUUUUGUUUUGUUUCAGAAUUGUAGUUUUUUUAAUGCUGUAGAACUGUUACCUGUAAUAUCUCGCUGUAGAAAUGUUAAAUAAUUUGAAAAUUUGCACAUUUUUGUGCAGCCCUAUAUUUAUCUCCAGGACCACAUUCUCAUUUAGAUAAUUGCUUUUACACUUUGAUUUAUUAUUAUUAUUAUUA